AUGGACGAUGGAGGUUCACUUACAAGUAUGGCUAUUUAUGGGACAAAGUAUGCCAUGCUGUCUUUUCAGAUGGGCCAGAAACUUGAGUGUGUGAGAAACAGUCAAGACUCCAUGGGGUUUCUUCUGCAAGCGUGCACAGUGGCUGAUGGCCAGACAGCUGGCACCUUUGUCUCACCUCCUUGCCAUUCUAAACUGAUGAGUUGUUCUGGAAAGGCAGACACUGUCACUCACUGACAAGUUCCCAAAGAGGAAGCUCUUUUCAUGUGGAAAGCCCCUGCCCAGCCUGUGGGGGAAUUAGAUUCCUGUAAGAGAGCACACUGUACCCCUUCAGUAACCAAGCCCACUUAUGCCAUAUUCUCUAGCAAGUUGGCAGAACAAGACACUGCUCCUGCCAGCACGGGGACAACACUCCCUGGGGAUGCAGGAAAUCUGUCCCAGUCAUCUUCACACAUAGCUACUGGAAGCAGCAGUGGCCAGCAACCCAGAAUAUGGAGCAACCCAACCUUACAACCAUCCCUGGAUGUCCACAGGUUAGAGAGGCUUGUGCCCCUCAGAGAAGGCUCCCUAUACAGCUUUGUUUCCAUCCCAAACACCCACCAUAGGGCUCAGGACGAUCUAAGCUUUGAUUCUUCAGAAACUUGCCUACCCUUAGAUAAGGAUGAACAGGUAGCCAAUCCAACCCCUGACUUCCAAACCCUUGGCACGUCCAGGAGCCCAUCAGAUGCAUCCAGGCCCUCUGUCAGCUUCUUAUAUGAGCACAGGGAAGCUGGACUGGAGGAGGAAACUGCAGAGACUGGUAUGGGAUACCUUAGCAAAACCAGCGUAAGACCUGGAGUGAAGCUAGAGGAAACCGGUGCCCCGCUCAGGACUCCUCAGGUAGGAACCCCAAUUUGCCUGUCAACCACCCUGGCUCUGACCCUGGCUGCUGGACUUUGCUAUCUGUAUUGCUGGUAUUGCCACAAGUGGACAGAAGGGUCCUUUGGUGAAUGUACCGCAGGUGCUGUUGCAGGAAUGACAGAGAGGAGAGUGCAUGUCAGGAAGACAGGUGAGCCAGGCAGUGGACAGUCUCGGCCCUGGCUUACUACCUCAGUGUCUUUCCAGCACCCUGCAGACUUCACAGAGACGCGGGUGUGUCUUGUUCACUGCUGUGUCCCAGUGCAGAGUCCCUACUGCAUUUUUCCUAAUACACAGCGAGUCAUCGAUAACUAUGUGUCUGACGGGUGA